AUGGGGUUCUGGGCUAAGUUUGUGUACUACAGCAGAAGCGUGCUCGGCGUCACUCUGCUGAGCACCUGUGCACUGUAUGGUGUGGUGGCCUCUAUCGUGCUUUCGUGUAUCGGGAAGAGGCAUCUUGCGCAGUGGACCACCGCCCGUUCCUUUUACUAUGUGAUGGGAACAUUUCUGGGCAUUGAAGUCGAGGUGAUCAACGAGGAAAACCUGAAGAAGUUGCCAGCGAUUCUGGUGGCUAACCACCAGUCUGCCCUUGACAUUUUGAUGCUGGGUCGUAUCUUCCCUCCCGGGUGCACCGUGACGGCCAAGAGCUCUUUGAAGUGGGUGCCCUUUUUGGGCUGGUUCAUGAUGCUCAGCGGCUCCUUGUUUCUGGAGAGAGGCAACCGCGAGAAAAGUGUGAGAACACUGAACAACGCGUUGGACGUGAUGCGCACCAAGAAACGUGCUGUCUGGAUUUUCCCAGAAGGCACGAGAAGCCACUCAACCAAGCUCGGCCUGCUUCCCUUCAAGAAGGGUGCAUUCCACCUCGCCCAGCAAGGAAAGAUCCCAAUUGUACCCAUUGUGGUUUCUAACACCAGCACUUUGAUGAACUCGAAGUAUAAGGUGUUCAAUCGUGGUGUGAUCACCGUGAAGGUUCUGGAUCCAAUUCCAACAGAUGACUUGAAGAAAGAGGACGUUACGGCUUUCACUAAACGUGUGGAGGAGCUGAUGCUUAAGGAAGUGGAAAACCUGGGCUACUCAGACGCCAUGCUAGACACCAACUUGCCUCCUGAGGUCAGAAGCUCAGUUACGCAGGUCCUGACCAGCUCGACCAUCACGGAUUCCGAGGAGCAGGACGUGUCGACCAAAGAUUCCGUCGAAGAAGCUGUCGAAGCUCUCGAGGCGGAGGAUGAGGACGAAGGCGAGCCCGAGCGUAACGAAACAGCGGUCCAAAACGAGGACGUUACCGCUCAAGCCCAGGAGCCUGAAAUCCAGGAGCCUGAAAUCCAGGAGCCUGAAACCCAGGAGUCUGAGGCCCAGGAGCCUGAAGCUCAGGACUCUAAGGCCGACGCUAAAGAUUCCAAGGCCAAGGCCAAACAUUCUAAGGCCAAGAAAUAG